AUGCACUACAAAUUCGGUACAAUGAUGAGUGCACGGGCUUACAAACAGAAGAGGGUUGUGACGGACUCCACUCUCGAGUCGCGCAAUUACAUCGUCUACCAAGAAGGGAUCUUCUUGUCUUUACUCAACAAACACUGUCAACUCAUAACAAUCUCCCGGCCGACAAAGAAAGCAAUAGUAACAAAACAAUACAUCAAAAUCAACACAAUCACCAUCAACAAUGAAACUAUUAACGUCGCGGAUUUGGUCGAGAAACGAUGUCGCGACAGACUCGAGAAGGACAAAACUAGUGGAAUUAAAGUCGGGUCGGCAGUUCGUCGGUUCACGUUAAAUAAGACGACGGAAGUCCACCACUUUCUCAUGGACCUACUGCAACUGUUUGGAUACGUCUUUU